GAUUUCAACUCAACCCGACUCGCCUCACCCAAACCCUUACCGUCUCCGUCUCUGUCUCGCUCUCUCUUUCUGUGUCUCGCUCGCUCGCUCGCUCGCUCUCUGGUUGCAUAUUUUCCCUCUUUCCCAAACCCUGCAAUUCCUCAAACCCUAGCGAUCUCUCUUUUGCCAUCUCUCAGAUUAUUCAUCUAUUCACAGAAAGUAUUUAUCCUCUUCGAGUCCCCGAGCCAUUCGAUUUGAUAUCCAUAAGUUAUUUCAGAGCUGUAUUCUGCUCGUAUUUCUUCGAUCUCUUUCCCGAACUUCCUGCAAUUUAGGCGUUAGACGACGAUGGUUGACAGAAAGCUCGAUCUGCCUGAUGAUCUCCUCUCCUCCCAGACGAUUGACGAGCACUGCUCCGUCAAAGAUCAAGUAGCAUCAGAAAGCAGCAUUCCUCUCUCUCCUCAGUGGCUUUACUCAAAAUCGAUGGAUGCAAAGAUGUUGACAAGUGGAACAUCUGGGGAAAUUCGAGCACCAAAUUCUUUGCCACAUGGAAGCUCAACUGAUCCAAACCCGAAGGACAGUUGGCGUUUAGAUGGAUCCCAGGACAAGAAAGAAUGGAGAAAGAAUUCCCUUGAUGUUGAAAAUAGUCGCCGCUGGCGUGAAGAGGAGAGAGAAACAGGCUUACUUGGUAGAAGAGAUCGCAGAAAAGAGGAACGGCGAACUGAUGUUUCUGCUAGGGAUGCUUCUGAAGGUAGAUCUUUGCCUUCUUCUGACCGUUGGCAUGAUAGCAAUACCCGUAGUUCAGGUCUUGAAUCCAGAAGAGACAGCAAGUGGUCCACAAGAUGGGGUCCUGAAGAUAGAGAAAAGGAAACUCGGACCGAGAAGAGAAUGGAUUCUGAGAAGGAAGAUACUCAUACUGAUAAACAAUCAUUUGUAAGCGGCAACCGCGUGGCUUCUGAGCGUGAUACUGAUGCUCGUGAUAAAUGGAGACCACGCCAUCGUAUGGAAGUUCAUACUGGUGGAUCUGCACCAUAUCGCCCUGUCCAAGGAAUUGGGUUGGAGAGGGGAAGGAUGGAAGGAUCAAGUGUGCGUUUUGCCCCUGGCCGAGGAAGAUCUAACAGUAAUGUUAGUGGAAGCCUCCAGAUUGGAAGGCCUCCCUCUAACUCUGCCAUCGGUUUUGCCCCUGUUGAUAGAAAUAGCGGCACAUACGUUAAAUUUGGGCAGCCCACUAGUGUAUAUUGCUACCCAAGAGGAAAACUUCUUGACAUUUAUCGGAAACAAAAAACCUCUCCAGAUUUUGAUACCGUACCUGAUGGCAUGGACCAAGUAUCGUCAAUAACACAGAUAUCUGCUAUUGAGCCAUUGGCUUUUGUUGCUCCUGAUGCAGAGGAGGAGUCUGUCCUUGGGGAUAUAUGGAAGGGAAGAAUUACAAGCAGUGGAGAACUACAGUACUCAUCCAGAGACAGGAAUGGGGCGACAAAUGAUAGUGCUAGAGGGAUUGGUGACAUGGCAUUAACUGAGGGCAAAGAUAGUUCUUUAGACAACUCUGAAGAAAUGGUUAAAAUCUCUGGGGAGCUAUCUAGAAACAGUUCUCGUAGAGAUUAUGAUGCUGACACAUCAGUUACCUUUGAUCAGGAGAAGGUUACUGUCCAGGAAAGGGACACUUCUAAAUAUGGUGAUAAGCAUCUUACCGCCAUUGAUGGUGCUGCAACUGAGGUUUCAGUGCCAUCAGCUUUGAAAAUAUACAACUCCAGCGGUGGUGGUGAGAUAAAUGGUGCUGGAGAGAAUAUCUGUGAACUAAAAUAUUUCGAGAAGCAAGAAUUGGUGGAUUUAGCUUCAAAAUAUGCUAAGUUGGAAGUUACUGAGGCAGCUAUUUCUGGAGUUGGGAGUCAGCUGCUUCCGGAAGAAUCAGGUUCUCUGUCUGAUUUUCCAUCAAAGCCUCAAAUCGCAAGCAGCAACCAGGUCCAUCUGGAGGUAAAGGGCACACGGCCAGUGGAAACCGUUCUCCCACCUGAGGAGUUAAGUUUAUGCUAUCUUGAUCCCCAGGGUGUAAUUCAGGGACCUUAUCUGGGGAUUGACAUCAUUACAUGGUUUGAGCAAGGAUAUUUUGGAACCGAUUUACCUGUUCGAUUGUCAGAUGCUCCUGAUGGAUCGCCUUUUAAGGAACUUGGUGAAGUCAUGCCACAUCUAAGGCAAAGAUCUGACGCCAAUGUUGGUACUAGGAUGCAACUAUCGAAUGCUGUUGAAGGCAUUGUGGAAGAAAGCAUAAGUUCUUGUUCAGCACCUUAUUUUAAGGGGGUUGCAGCUAUAAAUGAGCAGCAAAGGGCUCCAUCUAUUGUUGUAAGUACUUCUGGUGUCAAUGACCAGUCAAGUGUAAAUGAAGGUUAUUGCUCCAACGUUCAGCAUUCUGAUGAUCAGAGCUUCCAAGAUCUUGUUGUUCAAGAUGAAGAAAUUGUCUUUCCUGGAAGGCCUGGUAGUAGCAAGAGUGACCAUUUGAAGUUUCCUGCUGCAGGCAUUAGUAGUUCAUUUUCCAAUCAUACUACUAACCCUUCUCCUGUAAAUGAAUUUUCAGAAGGUUGUUUGCCUACUAAUCAGGAUGAUAAAUUACAUCCUUUUGGUUUGCUGAUGUCUGAGCUUAGAGAGACCUCUCAUGUGAGGGGUUCUCAGUCAUCCAACAUGGCUUCAAAUUUAACUGAUCGAAGUCACUUUAGCGAUCAUUUGCUUGAGAGAGAUGCUGCUUUUGCCAGUCCGAGUUCUUUCAGAGCCAUGGCUGACAAACCUGCUUUUCUGGAAACAUGGUCUGAUGAUUGUAGAAGUUCUAGCAUUAACCCCAAUGCACGUCUAGGUCCUGUUGGUGCGCAGCAGUUAUCUCUUAUGGACCAGGAAUUUAAUGCACUUGACUUGGGUGAGCACAUGUCCUCACAAAAGUUUCUCCAGGAACAUUUUAAACAACAGAAUCAUGUAAAUGAUUCUUUUUCACAUUCUACCGGUUUGGGUGUAGAGCAAAUACCAAGUUUCGCUGCUUUGCAGAGUAGGAAUCCUAAUCUCCAGCAAUCACUUCAUUAUCCAGCGCAAGAUAUGGAACAUCAUUCAGUGCAAGAUAUGGAACAUCUGUUGCGGCUUAAGUUUCAACAGCAGCGGCAGCUUGAGCUUCGGCAACAGCUGGAACUUCGGCAACAGCUUGAACUUCGGCAGCAGCUUGAACUUCGGCAGCAGCUUGAGCUUCAACAGCAACUUGAGCUUCAACAGCAACUUGAGCUUCAGCAGCAGCAUGAACUUAUGCAGCAGCAGUUAUUGAUGCAGCAGCAACAGCAGCAAGAACAAGAAUUCCGGAACCAACAUCUGAAGAAGUUGGUGCAGCAGCAGCAACAUUCUCAAGCUCAACAGCUUCUUCUUGAACAGUUGCUUCAGCAUCAGAUGUCUGAUCCUGGUUAUGGGCAACCAAAGUUAGAUCCUAUGAGGGACAAUCUAGUUGAUCCACUUCAGCUCAGGAUGCAUCUUCUUCGCGAGCUUCAACAGCAGAGUUUUCACUCGCCAAGGCACAUUGACCCAGCAAUGGAGCAGAUCAUGCAAGCUAAGAUUAGCCAGAAUGCGCUGCGGGGGCAGCAAACUGAUUUACUGGAUAUGAUAUCACAUCCAAAGCAUGGCAGUAUUUUCCCUUCAGAACAGCAGCUCUGUUCGCAACAUGAGCAGUUGCAUGCGCAACAGUUGUCAAUGGCACUUAAACAACAAUUAGGAAUGGAUGGGGAAAGACAUAUUGUUCCGCAAUGGUCAGUCGAUGAAAUUGAUCAGUUUUUCAGCAAUCCUGCUGGUCAUCACCUCCCUCCAUCUGUUGGAUUUACUGCUGCUGAUACUUACCACCGACAGAACAGGCUUUCCUCUCUUGAGGAUCAUUUAAGCAACCUCAAACGAAAUCAUGCUUUACAGGAGCGUCAUCACCGAGGGCUUUUUGAGCCCAGCUCUUUGUCAUUUGAGAGGAAAAUGUCGCUAGCUGCUGGUGCACCUGACAUCAACUUGGACAAUGUGAAUGCUUUUGAUUUGUCAGACCACCACCAUAUGCAUGCCAAUGACCAACUUGUUUCUUUCUCUACGGGUAUCCCCUCAGAUGAGUUUUAUGUUUCUCAUCCAGAUGUAAUGGACAGCUACCGCUCUGGAAACAAGGGACAAGCAGAAAACAGUUGGAUUGAAAAACAUCUUCAUUCGUUGCAUUUUGAGGCUGAUAAGCAGAGGAAGAUGUCAGAAAAUUCUUUUUCUUCAGAGUCGAGCAUUUGGGCUCCUAUGACCGAUGGGGACAAAUCUAAGCAAGCUCUGUUUGAGAUUCUGAAUCUAAAGCAAUCAAAAACUGAUUAUCCAUAUGUUCCAUCUUCUAGAGGUCGGGAAGCCUUUGUGCCUCUCUCUGAGCAGUAUACUUCAAAUUUUCCUAUAACUCAAGAAGCUGGUACAAACAGUUCAUUUGUGGAAGAACUUCAAAAUCGCAAUCAGGAUGCCUUGUUGCACAAUCAUUUGUUUGGUGUAGCUUUUGAUGAACGAGUAAACCCUGUGGGAAAUAGUGAAAAGGUACCGCUAAGAUCAAAAUCUGGAUCAGUAGCCGAACAGUCUCUGUUCCUAGGUCCUCAGGAUCCGCAUAUUAGUUUCCCAGAGCCACACCUGAUUGCUAAGUCAACCAUGGAUAGAGAUCUAUCUGAGCUGGAAGGGAAGAGAUAUGUCUCCAAGGGCAUGAUGGGUAGCUCCUUUUUAGAGGCAGAGCAAACAAAAACAACAAUUGAUGGUGGGAUGCUAAGAGUUGAUGCCCAUAGCAGAAGUAGCUCACUGAGUAGUUCAGGUGGAAAUGGAGCUCCAUGUGAAAUUGGAACAGAUAAAUCAGUGGGAGAGGAGAUUUUUAAUGAGAGGUCAUCAAAAGCAUUCGACAAUGUUUUGCAUAAACGUCCCCCUAUGUUGCGGGCAUCAUCCUCCAUGGAUGUAGUGUCUGAUUUGACCUCAGUAGCAUUUGUCAAGCAGAAGAGUUCAAAAACCCUUGCAACUUCUAGCGAGGUAAGACGAGAGGCUAUAGGAAUUCCGGUUGCAACUCGAAUUUCCGAAACUCAGGCAUCAAGUAAGAAGGACGCUCAGUUUAGGAGGACAUCAUCUUGUGGGGAUGCCUUUGUGGCAGAAACAUUCAUGGAUGUGCUUAAGAAACCUGUGCAUUCCGAAGUUGAUACUUUGAAUGGAGCUGCACAGGAGAUAUCGGAUGGUGCACAAGCAGGUCGGAUUGGUAAAAGAAAAGGGAAGAAAGGUAGGCAGAUAGAUCCAGCUCUUCUUGGCUUCAAAGUUUCCAGCAAUCGCAUUCUCAUGGGGGAGAUCCAACGACCUGAAGAUUAGUUUGACUUCCCCUUGUUGUUUAUCACUCGGCGGCCAGUAUAUUUUUUGUACAUUUUCUGUAAAUUUUGUUCUUCAUUUCUUUUAGAUGAGUUUUGUACAGUUUUUUUCUGAUGAGCAUAGCUAUUCAAAAUUCUUUGAUUUUUUUUUUUUUUUUUUUCAGAAUGGUGACUUUAUG